AUGACUGAAGGAUUCAUAACUUUCAACUAUCAAGGCGAAGAAUAUCAUACAUGGCACGAAGUUGUCGGCAAUCUCAACAGCCGUACGCGCACACCCUUGGUUGUGGCGCACGGCGGACCAGGUCUAUCCCACGACUACCUCCUCCCCCUCUCCGAUCUCGCUGCUAAAUUCUCCAUCCCAGUCAUCUUCUACGAUCAAAUUGGAAACUCUCGUUCGACACAUCUCCAAUCAAAGCCGCCAUCGUUCUGGACUAUCGAUCUCUUCAUCGGCGAACUGAUCAACCUUCUCGAGCACUUCCACAUCCAAGAUGGGUUCGAUUUCCUUGGUCAUUCAUGGGGCGGGAUCCUCGGUCUAGAGUUCGAAGUGCGCAGGCGACCUGAGGGGCUGCGCCACUUAGUGUUGACCAACUCUUUGGCGGAUAUAGGGAUGUGGAAUGCAUCGACUGGGGAGUUGAGCAAGGCCUUCCCGGAUGAUGUACAGAAGGGAUUGGCUGUUGGCGUGGCAGAUAUGGAAGCGUACGGCAAUGCGCUCAAGGCUUUCCACAAGAAGCACGGAUGUCUUGUCGAUCCGUGGCCUCCGUCGGCAGAUAUCUCUGUUGCUGUGGGGAUGUUUACUGGAGAGCUGCGUAUAUGGACUAUCGUCGAUCGUCUUGACCGCGUUCGUGUUCCGACUUUUGUGAUCAACGGACGAGCGGAUAUAGCUCAGGACUUUGUCGUCGAGCCUCUAUUUAGAGAAAUUCGUCAGGCCAAGUGGGUAACGAUGGAAAAAUCGAGUCAUACGCCUAUGUGGGAGGAGCGGGAGAGGUAUAUGGAUCUGGUUAAUGAAUUUUUGUCUACGUGA